AAAACAUUCUGCGCAUGCGCGUUACUCAAGCAGCUUCCUGGUCGACCGAAGAUGACGUUUUGGCGUCAGCUGUCGUUUGGGUUCUGCGAGAAAUAAAAAAACAACAGGAAGUAAAACAGCUUUUCGCGUCAUGAUCUGAAGCAGAGCAGCGUUUCAGGAUGGAGGAUGAAAGCCUGGAAGAUCGCAGCGUGGAGGUCCUUCAGAUCCCCGAUGGCGUGGACGAUGACCUGCUGUGGCUCUACUUUGAAAACAGGAGGAGGUCUGAUGGAGGGAACGUCAUUUCUCUGGACAGGAGAGGAGACACAGCUGUACUGGUGUUUGAAAAUGCAGACGCUGCAACGAGAGUUGUGCAGAAAGGCUCCCACACUCUCAGUGAUGCCAAACUGAUCGUACGCAAAAGACCCCCAAAGGAUCAUGGGAAACUUGUGCUGCGCGGCCUGUCUCUCAGCACCAGCCGUGACAUGCUGGAGCUUUACGUGGAGAAUCUGACAGGGAUCGAGUCAGAUAACUACACCCUGUAUCUGUCCCCGGGGAAAGACCUGGUCCUCAUUCACCUCCACCAGCCUGUAGCCGAGGAUUUUGAGAAGAUGUGCAGCAGAGUUUCCAGGCGAGCGCUGGACGGAGCGAGGCUCACUCUGGAGCAGGUGGAGUGCACAGACUCCAUCAUGGUGGAGAACCUGCCCCCCGACCUGGCCGACGAUCUGCUCAAGCUGUACUUCGAGAGCAGCCGCAGUGGAGGAGGAGAGGUGAUGGCCGUGAGCAGGAUCUCUCAACGACUCGCUAAAGUCUCCUUUAAAGAUGUUCAGUCUGUGAACAGCGUACUCCAGAAGCCUCACAAACUGGAGGAGACGGACUUGAUUGUGAAACCAUUUUAUUCUUUUUUGCACUUGGAUGAAGGAGCAUCUCAGACAAGUUUACAGAACGGGACAGAUCAGGGUGUAGAUGAUCAGGUUGGCGCUGUAUCACCUCCAAAUGACACGCACUCUGAUCUCAUCAGCGGUGCAUCAUCAUCAUCAUCAUCAUCAUCAUCAUCCCACAGUCAGGAAGCUGCCGCCCCGAAACCUGACCUCCAGGUGACUCCAGAUCCUGUAAAAGGUUCCAAAAACACCUCGCAGGUCGUUCAACCUCCACCUGAGCAACAGCCCUUCGUCUGCAAGAUCUCCGUCCCCGAUUCCACCAAGCGCGAGCUCGUCGCUCUCUCCGAGCUUCCAGACAAGCUGAAAACGUCUCACCCCGGUUACGAGAUCAAAGUGACGCAGAACGGCGUGGAGGUGAAAGGCCCCGCUCAAGACGAAGCCGAGAAACUGAAGAGCAAGCUGCUGGAGUUCCUGAGCGGCGUGUCGCAGGUCCACGUCCCCGUCAGCGCCCUGAAAGCCAACUUCCUCCAGAGACAGGACGUCAGAGACAAGCUGAGGGAGCAGCUGAAGGACCAGGGGCUGCCCAGCACCUACACCGUGACGGGGGGCGUGCUGAUUUUAAGCUCCGCCUCCAUGCAGAUGGUGAACCGGGCGUGCGAGGCGAUAAAGGGCGCGGUCAGCGAGUCCGUCCUGCCCGUGGAGCCCGAGCACGAGUGCAUGAUCUACUCUGAGGAGUGGAGGAACUUCCUCCUGAAUCAGCACGCGUGCAGCGCCGAAGUGUCGGCCGGGGGGAACGCCGUCUCCGUGGUGACGCUGAAGGACGUGGAGCGGGAGGUGAAGGAGAACAUCGUCCGGUUCCUCAGCACGCCCAUUCAGAAGGAGGUCGUAAUCAGCAUGCAGCCCGCCAUGCUCACCUACAUCCAGCUGCACCAUCAGCAGCUGCUCAUGGACAUGGCCGAGGUCAUCAUCUUCCCCCUCGACACUGGAGACGGGCUGAGCAUCCAGGGAAACCCCAUGGCGUGUCAGACAGCAGCUGAGGUUUUAUCCAGCGUGGUUUCCUCCACGGUCACCAAGAUCAUCACGGUGAAGCAGCCGGGCAUCGCUCGCUUCCUGCUGCAGGACGAUGAGGGGAUAAGCAUCCUGGGAGAGAUGACCGCCAAGUUCCAGGUCUACAUCAAUCUGGAGAGGGUGCACUGGGAGCCUCUGGAGGACCAGGACAUCUUUGCUCUGGCGUGGAAAAUGAUGUCGAGUCAGAACUUUGCGAGGAGCUCAUCAGCUCAGGGUUUAACGGCUCAGCAGGCGGAGGACGAUAACGCCACCUCAGCUCGUAUCGAAGAGGCUAAGAAGAUUUUGUCGCAGCUGGAGAGUGAUCGCUCUCACACGGCGGCGGAGGAGGAGCUGGAGGAGGAAGUGGAUCUGUACUCAGACACCUUACCCUCAGGAGAGCAGCUGGAAACACAGGAAUCGAGUAGAGCUGAAAAUCAGCUGGGAGACCUCCAGAGUCUGGAUGAAGAUGCUUAUCUCUCUCUGGCCAUCCAGCUGUCCAUGGAGGCGAGUCAGAACCCAGAUCUCCAGGCGGAGGAGGAGCUGCAGAAAGUCCUCCAGCUCUCCAAAGACGAGGCGGCGGCGGUGGACGAGAGCCAGAUGCUGGUGAAGGCGGUGGACAUGUCUCUGCAGGAGGCCAUCAGGGCGGCGAACACGGCGCAGAUCGAGGUGUUUGCGAGUUACACCCACGACCUGGUGCGUGUGGACAUCGCUCUGGGGAAGAAGGUGGGCCUGAGGCAGUGUGAGGAGACACUGCAGCACAAGAGCUUCAGGAAGCUGUCGGCCUUCCACCGGCGCUGCUUGGACCUCAUCAAGAGGAAGCACGGCGUGGAGAUCCAGAUCCAGGGCACCACGGCCGUCGUCUCGGGGUUUAAGGACUACGUCGCCGGAGCGCUGCCCGAUCUGAACGCACUGCUGGAGAAAGCGGCCGGCAGCACCACGGACGCCGAGAUCCUGAAGACCGUGCAGUGGGUGUGGCACGACAGAGAGCACUCGGCGGCGACGCCGUACCCGCCCGAGGCCACGGUGUUCAUCGAAAACGCCUGGAGGAUGAAACAGGACAAGCUCGACAUCCUGUUCAACAGUCAGCCCUACACUAUCGAUUUUGCGAAGAUGCUGGAGUUCAGCGUGUCGUCCGGACGAUCCGUGUCCAUUUCACGGAAACUCGUCAGCUCCGUCGACCUGUACUCCGAAUUCCAAGACGAUUACAGUCUGCUGUCGGACGUGCCGGACGCCGUGAGACUCGAGAAAGACUCCGAAGAAUAUAGUGAAGUUGCCGCGGAAUUCUACAACGGCCUUUCCGAACAGAACAAAGUCCAAAUCAUCAAGGUGGAGAAGCUGAUGAACCGGCUGCUGUACAGUCAGUACCGGCUGAAGAAGGCCGAUAUGGAGCAGAAGGUUCGAGGUGAUGUGGAGCGAACGCUUUACCACGGCACCGGCGAGAGCAGCGUGAAGGAGAUCUGCAUCCACGGCUUCAACAGGAGCUUCUGCGGCAAGAACGCCACGGCGUUCGGACAAGGCGUGUACUUCGCUGUGAAAUCCUCCUACUCGCUGUCCGACACCUACUCUCCCCCCAACGCCGACGGACACAAGUUCAUCUUCGUGGCGCGAGUCCUGACGGGAGACUUCACCCAGGGAAAGCACGACAUGAGAGCGGCGCCACUCAGAGAGGGCUCGGACAUGCCCGUGCGCUUCCACAGCGUCGUGGACAACGUGAAGGAGCCCAGUCUGUUCGUCAUCUUCAACGACACGCAGGCGUAUCCCCAGUACCUCAUCACCUGCCUGAAGCCUCCCGAGUGACCCGUCCACUUCCUGCUCAACGACACGCAGGCGUAUCCCCGGUACCUCAUCACCUGCCUGAAGCCUCCCGAGUGACCCGUCCACUUCCUGCUCAACAACACAUCUGCCUUCUUUACUACAGAGAAUUAAUCAGACUUCUAACCUCCUACACACACGACUGCACAGUGGUCUCACCAAUCAGCUGCCACUAAAGAGUGUGUUUUAUCUGUCCAAAAUACUAAUAAACAGCUUAAAGCGA